AUGGAAGAGGCGGCAGCGGCGGUAGUAGCGGCGCCGGCAGCGGCAGCGGGGGGGCCUUGCCCGGCGGAUCGAACGGGGGCGGCGGCAUUGAGUGGGGAGAACGAGGCCGAGAGCCGGCAGGGCCCGGCGGAGCGGGGCGGGGAGGUGGCCCCGCUCAACCUGUUGGACACUUGCGGCGUGUGCGGGCAGCCCAUCCAGAGCCGGCGGCCCAAGCUGCUGCCCUGCCUCCACUCGGUCUGCCUCCGCUGCCUGCCGCAGCCCGACCGCUACCUCAUGCUGCCCCCAGCCAUCCCCUCUUCGGCCGCCGGCACCCCCAGGGAGCCGCAUCCUCCGGGGCCCCCCUCCUCACCCCUCUCUUCGACGGCCUCACCCCUACACUGCACGGCCGUUGGUGUUAUCCGCUGCCCAAUUUGUGGUCAGGAAUGUGCAGAGAGACACAUCAUAGAUAACUUUUUUGUGAAGGAUACCACAGAGGUUCCCAGUAGCACAGUAGAGAAAUCAAAUCAGGUCUGCACAAGCUGUGAAGACAAUGCAGAAGCUCAUGGGUUUUGUGUGGAAUGUGUGGAAUGGUUGUGCAAGACCUGCAUCAGAGCUCACCAGAGGGUAAAAUUCACAAAGGAUCAUACUGUGAGACAGAAAGAGGAGGUAUCUCCAGAAGCAGUUGGUGUGACCAGUCAGCGACCUGUAUUUUGUCCAUACCACAAAAAGGAACAGUUGAAGUUGUAUUGUGAAACCUGUGACAAGCUGACUUGCCGCGAUUGUCAAUUACUAGAACACAAAGAGCACAGGUACCAGUUUAUAGAAGAAGCUUUUCAGAACCAGAAAGUGAUCAUUGAGACACUAAUCACCAAAUUGAUGGAGAAGACUAAGUAUAUAAAAUAUACAGGGAAGCAGAUCCAUAACAGAAUUCUUGAAGUGAAUCAGAAUCAAAAGCAGGUGGAACAGGAUAUUAAAGUUGCCAUAUUUACAUUGAUGGUAGAAAUAAAUAAAAAGGGAAAAGCUCUACUGCAUCAGUUGGAGACUCUGGCAAAAGAGCAUCGGAUGAAACUUCUGCAGCAACAACAGGAAGUGGCAGGACUCUCUAAACAGCUGGAACAUGUCAUGAAUUUUUCCAAAUGGGCAGUUUCCAGUGGGAGCAGCACAGCACUACUGUACAGCAAACGCUUGAUUACAUAUCGACUACGGUAUCUUCUCCGAGCAAGGUGUGAUGCUUCACCAGUGACCAACAAUACUAUCCAGUUUCACUGUGAUCCUAGCUUCUGGGCUCAAAAUAUUUUCAAUCUAGGUUCUUUGGUAAUUGAAGAUAAAGAAACCCCACCACAUAUGCCCAAAAGCCCUGUGAUGGAAACAAACACACAGCCACCAGGCAGCAUAAAUUCAAACCAGUUGUCUAAGUUUCCAACACAGAUAAGCUUAGCUCAGCUCCGACUCCAGCAUAUGCAGCAACAGGUCAUGGCUCAGAGACAGCAAGCUCAACGCAGAGCAGGUCCAUUAGGUUUACCACAUCCAAGAAUGCCAGGAGCCAUGCAGCAACCUCCUCCUUCUCAUCAGGCACCUCCACGCUUGAUUAAUUUACAGAAUCAUAGCCCCAAAUCCAAUGGUUCAGCUCUUCCUGCACAACAGAUGAGAUUGCCUCAAAAUCAAAACCUACCAAGGCAAGCAGUGAAGCCCAACCCAUUGCAAAUGGCAUUCUUGGCACAGCAAGCCAUAAAACAGUGGCAAAUUGGUAGUGGACAAACUUCAACUGCCCUGUCAACUGCAAGCACCACAACAUCUACUCCGUCCAGCCCCACAGUCACGAGUGCUGUAGGAUGUGAUGGGAAGAUGUGUGGUCCCCCUGUGAUAGAUUUGAGUUCUCCAGUGGGUAGCUCCUACAAUCUACCAUCUCUUCCUGAUAUUGAUUGCUCAGGAAACAUCACGCUGGAUAAUGUUGUUAGGAAAGAUGCAACUGCAGAGCAGAAUCAGCCAAAACCCCCCUCAAACAGAACUGUGCAGUCCCCAAAUUCAUCAGUACCAUCACCAGGCCUCUCAGGAGGAGUCAGUGUGACAAACAUACACCCUCCAAUUCGUUCACCCAGUGCCUCCAGUGUUGGGAGCAGAGAGAGUUCUGGCUCCUCUAGCAGGCCACCAGGAGCUGAUUCUACACACAAGGUCCCAGUUGUCAUGUUGGAGCCAAUCCGAAUUAAACAGGAGUCAAGUGCACCAAACGAGAAUUUUGAUUUCCCAGUUGUUGUAGUGAAGCAAGAAACAGAUGAAGAAUCCCGGCCUCGGAAUGCUACCUUUUCAAGAAGCAUACUUACUUCAUUGCUGUUAGAUAGCAAUCAUAAUUCCACUUCUGAUGAAGCUGUGGUAAGAACAGAUGCACCAGACAGCACGGAUGAUCAACCAGGGGUACUGCAGGAGAACACAUCCAGUGGGAAGACAGCUUGGGUAGGUCCCUCCCAUGCUGGGGAGGGCAGAAAAGAGGAUGAUCCCAAUGAAGAUUGGUGUGCAGUAUGUCAAAAUGGAGGGGAGCUCCUGUGCUGUGAGAAGUGUCCCAAAGUAUUUCAUCUUUCUUGUCAUGUCCCUUCACUGAUGCACUUUCCAAGCGGGGAGUGGAUUUGUACGUUCUGCCGGGAUUUGUCCAAGCCAGAAGUUGAAUAUGACUGUGAUAAACCUGGAAAAAGAAAAUCAGAAGGUGCUGUGGGUUUGGCACCAAUAGACCGUAGGAAGUGUGAAAGACUGCUGCUAUACCUCUACUGUCAUGAAAUGAGUCUUGCUUUUCAAGAUCCAGUUCCACCCACAGUUCCUGAUUACUACAAAAUAAUCAAAAAGCCAAUGGACUUGUCAACCAUCAAGAAACGACUUGAAGUGGCCACUGUAUCCUACACAAAGCCAGAAGAUUUUGUGGCUGAUUUCAGACUGAUUUUCCAAAACUGUGCUGAAUUUAAUGAGCCUGACUCAGAAGUGGCUGAUGCCGGCAUGAAACUUGAAGCAUACUUUGAAGACCUUCUCAGGAACUUGUACCCUGAGAGAAAGUUCCCUGUCCAACCCAGUUGCCAGAGUGAAAAAGAUGAUCCAGAACUUACUGAUGACUCGGAUGAGGACUUUGUACAGCCCCGGAAAAAACGCCUCAAAGGAGAAGACCGUCAGCUGCUUAAAUGAGCCACGUGUUACUACAGGACAUUUUUUAAAAAAACUCAAAAUGUUUAUCACUGUUGUUUGUGAAAAAGUACUUUUUGUGAAAAAGCUUUUGACUUGUAGGUUUGAGGAUGUUUACUAGACUUUCUACCCCUUGUCUGAAACACAAGUCUAAUCAAGAAGAAGGCAUAUGGAGGUUUUCUCUGAAGUUCCAAACUUUCAUUUGACUUCUGGAGCAGCACAGAAAUUGCCAUUUGCUGGUGGUGACAGCUGUUUAACUUCACUUUGAGGAGGAAAAGGAGUUUGUAUAGAACUGGACUUUAAAACAUUACAUGGGUUCAACAUGUGGCUUCCUGAGUUUGAAGAAAAUGUGAUCUCACCAGACUUUUAAUUUUACCAAAGGCAUGUGGCUGGCCAUAAUUUGAUUUCUUUGUACUGUAUUUAACACAAGCCAUGAAAACAGAUGGUGUAAUAUUAUUGUUCUGCAAUACUGACUGGUACAAUGGAAGUGUAGUUGCCCCCAAAGAAGUUAUUGGUAACUUUAAAAUGUAAGGGAGAUUGUAUUAAAAAUAACUUUUAAAAAGCGAGGAAAAAAAAGAAAAAGCAGUUUGUUUGAGUUUUUAAUGAAGAAAGUAAAGGACAGAAUACUUUUUUGUGCCACUUUUCUCAGCACCAGCAAGAAACUAUGGUGUUCUUGCACUGCUUUGUCUCAUGUUAGGUUACCUCUGUUUAAUGGAGCCAAUGGAAAAGUCUUGAGGGGAAAAAUGUUUGCCUGCAACUCUCAAGUCAGUCUUUGUGUAUGUUCAGAGGAGGAAAAAAACCAUAAUUUCUGUCAACAAGAUCUGUUAUUUUUCC